AGUGUCAGUGACUGCUCAGUACGGUUUGGUGCGGUCUUUACAGUCGGUCAUUUAGUUAAGUCUAAACACAAUUUUGCCAAAAAAUUGUCGUAAUAUAUAUAUUUUUUGUAUAAAAACAUUGAUUUUUGAUAGUGUUUUUUGUGUUUUUGUGAACAGUGUAUCAAAUAGAUCUAGUAUAAAGAUUUAUAGUGGCGUUGUCAGUGUCCCGUUGGGUUUUUUGCUGGUACCUACUGCAGAUUUCAGUUGUAUUGGUGAAGAUCAUUGUACGACUUAACGAUAAUCAGAUAGCGUGACUCAACGAAGAUGUGGGAAUACCAGUUGGCAGGCUGUGUUUCAAUAUUAGGAUGACGCAGUGAGGAUGUCGCAGUCGGCUCUGGGCUUUGGCGAGCGGCGCUACUCGGUGCCGUCCAACCCGCUGAUGCACGACCCACGCGGGAUGCACUCCGAGGACCUGCACGCCUGGUCUAUAUACAGGCAAAACCUCAAUUCGGACUUCACGGACAGUGCUUUGGGCAGCACUGACAAAAGUCCGCUGCCCUAUGGAAACUUCCAGCUUCGGGAUACCACGGUCCAGUCCAUUCUAUCCCAUCCUAGAUAUGGACCCAAAUCAGCGCUCGGCUCGAACAUGUACACGUAUCUUAAGUUUGGACUGCCUCGUGUGUUUCCACCGAAUCAUAAUGGGUCCCAAAGGUCGGGUACCCCAAAGCCAAAAACAUCCAUCGGCAGCGGUAUGAAGUCAGUUCCUAGAAUUCAAAGGCAAAGCAGAGGCAUGCGGGAGACUUCGUCAGGUUACGACAGCUCUGACAAUGAAACUGCGACCAACUACAACAAAUACAGUCGGAAAUAUCGGUCUGAUCCCGAUUUUAGAUUACAAAAUUUAAACACCUACCAGCAUGCAACUGGAGUACCACUAGUAGCAAUGCAACAGGCUGGUAUACGUGGAGAGGGACAUUGGACCAACCCACGUCACAAGUCCGUCAGCGAGGCCAACCUUCUUGGCAUCGACGCCAGACCAACCCGCUCGUAUAACAGAAGAAACAGCGUCGCUGAUUAUAUUCCUGAUAAUGACCAUCAAAGUUAUUUGAUGCCAUCAUCACACUUGGGUGGUCGAAUGUCAAAGGCGGGUAGUCACAUAUCGCUAGCACAAUCUAGAAAACAUUCAACGCUCAGACCAGGAGACCAUUUAGAUGGGUACACCCAUUCCGCCUAUAUCUACCCCAAUUAUUAUGUUAACAAUUUAGAAAUCACAUCUCCCGAUAACAAAUCAACCUUGCUAGUAUCAGGUCUUAGUUUUGAAGUGAAAUCUGGGGAGAUAUUAGCAGUUUUAGCGACAUCGCAGCAUGAGGCUACGGGAUUGUUAGAUGUUUUAGCAGGCGUCAGAAAGAAAUUGAAUGGUGAUAUCGUGUUGAAUGGCCAACCAGUAGCAUCAUCAACACUUCGUAAAAUAGCAGCCUAUGUGCGAAAUGACACAAACUUAUGUCCGUCCAUGACAGUAGAACACACACUUCGGUUUCACGCCUCACUCAGAAAACCGAGACACAACCACAAUCAAAUCAAAAUGAACGAUAGGGACCGCAUAAAUUUAUUAAUAGAAGAAUUAGGAUUAGAACAAGUUAGAGACACAAAUGUCUGUCGCCUCACGCGCUCAGAAGUUCGUCGGCUGAAUGUGGCCUGUCAGUUGCUGCUGGAUAUGGCUGUCCUUAUCCUCGACCAGCCAACGAAAGAGAUGGAUAUAUUCGAUACAUUCUUCCUAGUCGAGUAUUUAAGAAAUUGGGCGGGGACCGGACGAGUUGUGAUCAUGUCUAUACACCCACCUACGUAUGAAAUAUUCGCUAUGUUGACGAAGGUCGUUUUAAUAUCAGCUGGCCGCACGAUGUAUAGCGGCUACCGAAGGGACAUGUUGCCAUAUUUUGCCUCAAUAGACUAUCCCUGUCCUGCAUUUAAGAAUCCUUCUGAUUACUACCUGGACCUGGUAACCCUCGACGAACUAUCAGCGGCGGCGCUUCUAGAAUCUUCUGGGCGGGUGGAGGCGUUAGCGGGGGUGUGGGCGCGGCCCGCUCCCGACCCGCCCCCGCCCGUGCCCCUCCCCGCGCCACGACACGCUGCCUCCCCGCCGAGACAGGCGUUUGCGUUGCUAGAAAAAAGUCUACUGUACACGCAGAUGUCGACGUUGUCCAACGUCAUCACGCGGAUCCUGAUCGCCGCUGUCUUGUCUCUGGUCACGGGAACUAUAUUCUGGGACCUUCCCACCACUGAUGCAAAGCUAACCCAGAACGACCGUAUAGGCUACCAUUACGCAGUGAUGUGUUUGUGCGCAUGGCCCGUGCUACUGUGGACGGGGGUGCGCGAGGCGGGAGCGGCGCGGGCGCACGUCGAGCGAGAUAUAGCCGCAGGACUGUAUUCUAGAACCGUGUUUAUAUUGUUUGAUCAAUUCCUAGAGCUAUGGUCGGCAGUACUAACGUGGUUGGCAUACCUGGUGCCAAGUUACGCUAUGAGUGGACUGUAUGCGCAGACGCCGACUUCCUUCGAUGGGUUUUAUAUCUAUUUGGGAUACAUGCUGCUUUACCUGAUAAGCAUACAGAUGCUGUGUCGGGCAGCCAUCUUCGUGGUCCCGAUGGAGAAGACUGCCUCGUUGCUGGCCGGUUUCUGUCUCCUCCUCACCACUCUGGUGAACGGGGUGAUGGUGCACCAACAAGACCUGCCGCAUUACGUGAGAUGGCUGGAGUACGUGUCGCCGUCCAAGUGGACGAUACCUGAAGUGCUGAGGAGGGAGUUAAGUGAAGUGGCUCUGAGAAGCAGCAUGAGUAAGGACAUGAGGUGUACUGAUAAACAGAGACAACAUUUGGGCAUAAUAACGCAAUCCGCCUGUCCACCACCAAACGGCACCCAAGCGCUCAGCAACUACGAAUACCUUCGCUCGGAGAACAUUUGGGAAUGGAACGAAGACAGCUUCUUAAUAGCUCUAGCUAUCUUCUACGGGGUUUUAGCUCUAGUCGCCAUUUUCGCGUUCAUAUUCAACUGCACUAAUUACGUGAAGAGUAAACAGAAAGCAUCACAGAAAGGGCACAAAGUGACUGUGAAUACGCCGUAAGGAAUGGUGCUUACAUUGGUGCUGAUAAUACCUCUUAUAGCACAAUUAUAAUUUAUACAUAUUUUUAGAGCCAGCUAGAAGACAUAAGAAAGACCUCCUUAAUACUUUUUAACAACCUUUGGUAGCACUUUACAGCAAAAAUGCCCUGGCUAUUUAUUAUAGUUCAAACAGAUUUUUGUUAUGAAAUUUUCAAUUUUUCGAUUUACAAUUUUAAUAAUGGUUGAAUCUAGAAUAACCAAUUGUAGAAUAUGCUAGAAAGUAACACUUCAAAUCAUGGGCGUACCCAGGUUCUGGGCCAGCGGGG